UUGCCCCCAAAACAUAACAAGUUUGCUUCGCCGUUUACGCCUCCGGCGUGAUCUUUGAGAAGAACUCAAGUAAAGAGAUCUGAAAUCCGAAUCUCCGACUUGAAUUUCGACAAUGCUUCAAAUUCGGCUAAGGAGGGAUUCGCCGACGGAGAUUGGAAGCGGAGCGAGGCCUUCUCCGACGGAAACUGUGACUGUUGCCUGUCCCGACCAUCUCGUCCUCGCCGAUCUUCCUGUAGCCAAAGGAAUCGGUUCCGUUACUCCAACCACCGUUAUCAAGCCCGUUGGUCGCCGUUCACGCCGCCAGUUAGGCGAGAGAGUUCACUUCUGCGUCCGUUGCGAUUUCCCCAUUGCAAUCUAUGGUCGUCUGAUUCCUUGUGAUCAUGCCUUUUGUCUUGAAUGUGCUCGUAGUGAUUCCAUCUGCUAUCUAUGUGAUGAACGGAUUCAAAAGAUACAGACGAUCAAAAUGAUGGAAGGAAUCUUCAUCUGUGCAGCUCCUCAUUGUCUUAGAUCUUUCCUGAAGAAACUUGACUUUGAAGCUCAUGUCCAUGACCUCCACGGAAGCCUAUUACAAGCUGAUGCAGAAAAAGAAGAUGGUAACGACUCAGAUGUUCAGAGUACAAAGCAUCAGUCUUCAGCUUCAGAAUCAACAUUGCGAGGUCCCUUAAGAUCCCAGCAGCAACAACCCCGUGAACAACCGUUACUAAAUAGGUCGGCCUCAAUGACAAAAUCACCAUCUGGAUUUGGUCAAGUCCAGAAUUACCCUGCAGAUAGCGAUAACUCUCGCCCUCCGGGAUUCGAGACUGCUAGUCCUAAACCAGGAAUCCGGUUCCCGGACUACCAGCCUAUGAAUCUUAUGCAACCGCCCAGCUUGCCCAUUCCAAUGAAUCAAAACCAAGGUUUACCACAGCAGUUUGGCUUUCCGUCUUAUCCAUCAAAUGAUGGAUCAUCUCAGCAGUUCUAUAACGGUGCUCCUUAUGAGAUGACAAGAACAGAGAGUGGCGGAUCAGAACAAGGUUCAUUGCUCGGGUACCCGCCUACACCAAUGAUGAAUCCGAACUUCCAAGGAUCUUAUCCUCCUCCGUCAUGGAAUUCGGGAAUGGCACCGCCUCACACGAACCAGCAGCAGGGUAGUCGAGGUAGAGAUGGUCAAAAUUUUGGGUGGCAACAAGAGAACCGUGAUGGCUUUGGGCAGGAGUAAGUGUAGGCUAGUUUGAACUUUUUGUAUACUGUUAAACUCGUGGUUUGGAAGUUUCAAGUAUUUUUGUGUUUCUUAAACGCUGUCGUAUCGGUUCUAACUUGUAAUUCGAUUAAACCCAA